GUAAAAAUAGGGUAGUCGCUGGCUGGCUGGCUGUGUGUCCGCUGGGAAUAAUAAACAGCUCGGUGGCCACGGAACUUAACGGGUGCCACCUCACCGACAACCGGCGGGGGAAACCGAACAUGGCCCUCCGCUAAACGGCGCAAGCUCUUGGCUUUUUGUCGGAGGAUUUACACUAACACUGCUAGCUGGGUGCUAACGUUAGCACGCUAGUUUGCCUGUAGCUCUUAGCAACUGCUACUAGCUAACGUCACUGGACUAGUACUCUUUACUCUCAAGUCUGCAGCUAUGUUCGUUCAGGAGGAGAAGAUUUUCGCCGGGAAAGUGAUAAAAAUACACAUCUGCACCAUGGACGGCACUGAGUGGCUGGAGGAGGUCACGGAAGACACCACUGUUGAUAAACUGAAGGAGAAGUGCUUGAAACAUUAUGUGCAUGGAAGUCUUGAAGACCCCAAAACACUUACCCACCAUAAACUAAUACAUGCUGCUACAGAGAGAGUCCUCACUGACACCAAAACUGUUGCAGAAGAAAACCUCAAAGAUAAAGACGUUUUGCUGCUCAUAAAGAAAAGACCACCACAAACUCCUCCAAAGAUGGCAGAAGUUAGUACAGACGAAAAGAAGAAACAAGAUAACAAGGCUCCAGACAAAGAUGCAAUUUUGAAAGCCACCGCCAGCCUGUCCACACGCCACACAGACCGCACUGUUACUCAACAUAACAUCAGAGAUUUUCAGACAGAGCUUAGAAAAAUUCUGGUUUCUCUCAUUGAAGUUGCUCAGAAGCUUCUUGCCUUGAACCCUGAUGCUGUAGAACUCUUCAAAAAGGCAAAUGCGAUGUUAGAUGAAGAUGAAGAGGAUCGAGUGGAUGAAACAGCACUUCAGCAACUCACAGAGAUGGGUUUCCCUGAGAGCAGAGCCAUCAAAGCUCUUAGAUUAAACCAUAUGUCGGUGACACAGGCAAUGGAGUGGCUAAUCGAGCAUGUAGACGAUCCCUCAGUAGACACACCCCUACCAGGCCAGGACUCUUCUGGUGCAGCAGGAGCCACAGCAGCCGCCACACCAGGCCCCUCAGCUUCAGCCUCAGCCUCGGGCUCAGCCUCUGCUCCUAACCUCCUCCGCAGCCUCUCCAGCCAGUCGAGCACAGAAGAAAGCAGUCGACAGGACGAGCUCACAGAGAUCUUUAAGAGAAUCCGCAGGAAACGGGAGUUCAGACCAGAUUCAAGAGCUGUCAUUGCAUUGAUGGAGAUGGGAUUUGAUGAAAAGGAGGUGAUUGAUGCACUGAGGGUUAAUAACAACCAACAGGAUGCUGCGUGUGAGUGGCUGCUGGGAGACAGGAAACCUUCUCCUGAAGAUAUGGACAAAGGCAUCGACACCAACAGCCCACUGUUCCAAGCCAUUCUGGAGAAUCCAGUGGUUCAGUUGGGUUUAACCAACCCUAAGACUCUGCUAGCAUUUGAAGACAUGCUGGAGAAUCCUCUGAACAGCACCCAGUGGAUGAAUGACCCUGAGACUGGCCCUGUCAUGCUCCAGAUAUCCAGAAUCUUCCAGACCCUUAAUCGCACAUAGAGCCUCGUGGUGACCUCCUUCGUAUGACUGUGGCAGCUUGCGUGCAUGUGUGUAUGAGAUCAUAUUGGGAUGUAUGAAUGUGUGAAUAACUGAGUUUGGCAGAGACACAAGUAUUGUUUUUGCCUUGUAAAGACAACGCCGGAGGGGUCAAAGUAUGAAUUAAAAUAUUCAACAUAUAACUAUUUAUAACAGUAUGGUAAAUACACUUAUACAAACAAAUGUUAACAACAUGUUAUUAUUACAGUAAUAAUAAAAAACAAGAUUUAGUAUGUUGUUUUUACAAUUAAUGAGAACAAUUUAUAGCUAUGACAGACAUGAUUUAUUUUAUAUAAUUUUCUCCAUGUGCAAAAAUGACAUCAGACAUCAGUUUAAUGUUUACACUUCAAAGGAAACUGUUUUUGUAUGCUUUGCGAUAUUUAAAUAUCAAUUACACUUCUGUGUCUGUCGCUUUAAAUUGUUACAUUUCAUCAGUGGUGAAUGUGUGACCGUCCUCUGUCACUUUCAUGUUUGUUUUCUCUCUCCCUGGUCUUGUUUUUGUCCAAAUACCUGGUUAAAACUGAGAGGCUGGUGGUCAAAGUUUAAGAAGCCACUGUAAUCUCUGAAAUAUAAGAUGCAUGGGUCUGUGUAACAUAUAAAACUUAGCUAGAGAUAGUCUGAUUUUUGGAGUCCCGGAGAGGGAAAAGAUUCAAGCUGUCUUCCUGUGUGCUGGUCUUAUUUACAUUUAGCAAAGUACAAAAAGUGCAGUGUCUGUGCAUAUAUGUAGCACUUACACCUUUUAUUUUCACCACGUGAAGUUUUUAGUCGAACUGGCUAGCUAAUGGUGUGAUAGUUAAGCUUGCUAGCUACGGAAACUGUUGUGACAUACAGACCCACUGCCUGUGAGUCACUCUGCCAACUUCCACAGCUCACUUGUUGUCUUUUUUUUUAAUGUUUUAGUCUAAAGAUUGAAUUUAUGGCUUUUGCCAUAAAUGAUAGGACAGCUGAAGAGAGACUUGAAACAUUGGCGAGAGAGUGGGGAAAGACAUGCGCCAAGACUGGGAUUCAAACCUGUGACCAAUGGGUCGAGGACUGAUGACACUGCUGGCUGCUGUACCAACUGUGAGAACAGUGGUUGUCUUUUAUUUAGGUGUCUUUACAAUCAGUCAAGUGCUCCACAAAUUGUAUUUCCUUAAUAGUAGAGCUGUCAGCAUUUAUGCAUUAAUCAAGGUGAAUUAGGGUCCUCAAUUACUGCGUUCAUUCUUUAGAUCACAGUUAAUCACAUGCCUUAUUUUAACAUACAUUACAUUGACACUGUUUGAUAGGGCUGCAUCCAAACAGGAAGUCACCAACUUAAUUAAGACAGUACAAAAAUCUUAAAUGAAAUAAUAACUGUUUCUAAUUCCACAUAGUGGAAUUUCAAAAUGUGUCAAAAGGGAUGAUUAAUCACAAUCAACUACAGAAAUUCAGAGAUUAAUCGCAGUUGAAAUGUUUCAUUGUUUGACAGCUCUACUUAACAGUAUACCACUGUUUUCUUUAAAUGCAGGAUUAAGUUGUUAAAAGUGGUGCUGUCAGCCUGGUUUGCAUUGCUUUGUUUCCCAGCAUGUUUUGAGCGGUGACGUAGCCUCUGGAAGUACACAAUGACAGGGGAUAAAAUUUUCAACAGUGUCAGGUUGGAUGCAGUUGGUUGUGUUGGGGUGAAGAUGGCAAUUUUGUCAGCAUAAAGUGUAGUCCACUUUUUAGAUUAAACAAUGGGUAUUAAAAGUGCAUCUUAUACAUCAGAUUUUACAGAAAUAAAAAUUAGGCUUUCAGACCUGUUUCCUCCGUCUCUUUUCACACCUCUGAGGUCACUGUAAGCCCACCACCUCUCAGUCUAAAAUGAACAUUUGUCCUUAAGCUUCUUCAGAUUUUUGAAAUAUUUAUUUGACUCUCUUGCCUUCUUAGACGAAAGCUGUACACUAAACUGUUUGUGUCUUAGUCAUGUUUUUACAAAGAAAUUAUACGUAUAUUAAGCCUGUGUGUUAAUCGUCAAUGUGCUCUUGAAUGUCAUAUAUUCAUGUUGCUCUCACUUAGCACUUGCUCACCUCUAUGAAUAUAACUUACUGCAGCACUGAGGAAGUUAAAAGAAGGGUUUGUGUCUCAAAAGGCUGUGGUGGGAUCUUAAAUGAAGCUGAGCCUAAUCAAAAGCCUUUAUAACCUUUAAUCUGAAUGAUGAAGGUUUAUGCUCACUUCAUGCUGUGAAAGUUCGAGCAUCCUCUUGAGAGCAAAGAUUUUUUGGAAUUUAAGACACAACCUGUGUUGGUCUUUUGGUUUACUUUUUUCUGUUGAGAGCGAUGAACAUUUAUGCUGUCAAACCAAAUCAAAAUGUCGAUAUAUAACCUGCCUUUUCAUUAGAUGUACCCGUCAAAAAAUACCCUCUACUCUUGUGCAAUAGCAAGGACUUCUGUUAACCUGUAAAGAAAUAUAUUUGAUUUGAGUGUUAAGAGAUGUGUGAUUAGCAAUGGGGUAGUGUGUUAUACAAUGUUAGCAUCAAGUACUUCAAUUCUCCAGCGACAAGAAGGUGAGCUGAGUCUCACAUGGUUGUACCAUGAGUUAGAAACAACAUGGAGGGUGGUGUGUUUUGCCAAGCUUUUGAGUGUUUUUAUUCAAUAUUUAAAAUGUGGUAUUGAUGUGACUUUCUGCUCAGGGAGGCUGAGAUUGUUUUUCUAAAUCUGUUGUUAUGGCAAACCUCUGCUCACCCCAGUCUCGUUUGGCGUUUGAAAAAAGGCUUUAACCAAUCUGUGUAAAAUUUUGCUUAUGAAUAAGAGCACCAACAAGACAUGGUUUUGUAAAUGCAAUAUUUGAAAAAUAUUUAAAUGUUUUUAGAGAGGUGUCUGUUUGAACAAUGUAUUAUUACAUUAUUUAUAUAUCAAAGCCAAACUAGCAACUUGUUCUUAUUUAUAACAUUUUUAGCAAACUUCAAAGCUAAUCUACAAAUGUGAAAAAAAAAUUAAAUGAUUCAAAUGUUGUUUUUACAAAACAUCAUAAAAAGAGCUAAUGGACUGGGAGGUUUCAAUGUGUGUUAAAAUAUGAAGUGGACUUCUACACGUUUCUGGAAGCCUCUGCACACAUUCUGGACCUUCAUCAUAUCCACAGUGACCAGCUGUCUCACCACCUCCACGCUUUGCAUUGGCAUGCGUCGAAAAAAAAACCUGUCCCGUCAUAUUUUGAAGCAAACAAUGGGAGAUGGAUCAUUUAAAAGAGAAAAAAAAAGUCCACAGAAAAUGUAGACAUCUUUAAAAAAGUUCACCAGGAACAGAGAACAAAAUGAACUUUAUUACUUAAGGACACUGAAGCACUGAUGGAGUCACAGGUUAAUGUUUUCACUCAGCUUUCAUGCAGGACUGUCCCAGAUUUACAACCUAUGCAAUAUUCUUUCACAGUCUGUCCAUCCAAACAGCCUCAUGGCUACUGGCAUCUGAAUCACAAUUUCAUUAAAGUUAUUUUUUGUGGCUGUA